UUUCCGGUUUUCGGUUUUCACCUCUGCGAUCUCCAUUUCUUCCGCGUUAGAAUUUUUAACAGAAAAAAGAAGAAAAAAACUUGAAUCUCAUCUGCUCAAAGCUUUUAGAUGAACAACGCCAUGCGUGAUUCGGAACUAGAGCAAUGAAACGCUGGAAAGUGCCUCAAAUCUACACCAUUCCAUGGAGGAGGUAAAUGGUGGGUUGAUCAAGUUGAUCUGUUGCGUUAAAAAAUCUGAUUGGGGGCGCAUUGGUCGGGAAUCUACUGUUGCACGUCUCUAUUAUCGAAAUACUGGAAUCAAUAUUGAUCAGAAUCAGCCCUAUGCUGAGUUUUGGAUGGGCACACACGAAUCUGGCCCGUCGUAUGUUGGGGAUACAGAAAAUCUGACAUUGAAGGAAUGGAUUGAAAGAAACCCUAGUGUCCUUGGAGAAACCGUUCUGAACAAGUGGGGUACCGAUUUUCCCUUUCUCUUCAAGGUAUUAUCUGUUGCCAAAGCUUUGUCCAUACAGGCCCAUCCAGACAAGGAUUUGGCCACUUCUCUGCAUAAAGAGCAGCCUUCUGCUUACAAGGAUGACAAUCACAAACCUGAGAUGGCUUUGGCGCUGACGCAAUUUGAAGCUUUAUGUGGUUUCGUCAGUCUUGAGGAGCUCAAAGUGAUUGUUCGUACUACACCUGAGAUUGUGGAAGUGGUUGGUAAUGCAAAAGCAGAGCAAGUCUUAAACUUGAAUGAGGAUGAUGGGAAGGAGGAAAUUAGAUUACUACUACAAUCAGUAUUUACUGACAUAAUGACUGUUUGCAAGGAUGUGACUGCUGAAGUGUUAGCCAAGUUGAUUAGUCGCCUAAACUUUGAAGGCCAGGCGAGGCAUCUAACUGACAAAGAACAACUGAUUCUACAACUUGAGAAGCAGUAUCCAGCUGAUGUUGGUGUCUUAGCUGCAUACUUGUUAAAUUAUGUGAAACUCAACCCUGGUGAAGCUUUAUAUUUAGGCUCAAAUGAACCUCAUGCAUAUUUAUAUGGUGAAUCUGUUGAAUGCAUGGCAAAUUCAGAUAACGUGAUACGUGCUGGUCUAACUCCAAAGCAACGAGAUGUUAAGAUACUUUGUUCAAUGCUCACGUACAAACAGGGUUUUCCUGAUAUUCUGAAAGGUACUGUGGUUGAUCCCUACACAAAGAGAUACCUCCCUCCCUUUGAUGAAUUCGAGGUGGACCGUUGCAUUCUUCCACAAAACUCAACUACAGUAUUUCCUUCCAUUCCUGGUCCUUCCAUUUUUUUGGUCGUGGAAGGAGAGGGAACGAUGACCACAUCAUUGAAUGAGGUAGUUGCUGAAGGUGAUGUCUUAUUUGCAUCUGCAAAUACCAGUAUUACUAUUGCAACCUUGUCUGGUUUGCAUCUAUAUAGAGCAGGAGUUAGCAGCAGGUUGUUUGAGUUGCAUAAAUAGUGUAUUACUUCCAACUCUAGCUAGGAUUGAUUCAAAUACCAGGAAUCUACACUGAUGAAUUUGUUGAGUCAAAAGUGAUAAUAGUGGUAAAUGAAUUCUUCUCGGGUAAA